CUAGUUCUAUCACGCAAAGCAUGACGGCGGAUUUCCUCUCUCAUCGGAGGAACUGACGGGCUUCGCUGCCGAUUUUUCUUUCCGGCUAUCAAAUCAGUUGUAACGCUCACUCAAGGUUCGCUUUGUUCAGCCUCUCGGAACUUCUUAGGCUUCGAGUUCUUCCCAUUACUUUCUCGUCAUUCCCUCCGGUCAGUUUCAGCUUCUCGGGUUGGAAUAGAGAGUUGGGAGAGAUGAGUAAGAAGAAUAAUCCACUUGUAUUCUUGGAUGUAUCUAUUGAUGGGAAUCCUUUGGAAAGGAUUACUAUUGAGCUUUUUGCUGAUGUUGUUCCUAAGACAGCUGAGAAUUUCAGGGCGCUUUGUACAGGUGAGAAGGGCAUUGGAGUUUCUACUGGGAAGUCUUUGCACUUCAAAGGAUCUAAAUUCCAUCGCAUAAUUAGUGGAUUCAUGGCCCAGGGUGGUGAUUUUCAAAACGGAAAUGGCACUGGUGGAGAAAGCAUAUAUGGAGGAAAGUUUGCAGAUGAGAACUUUAAGCUGGAUCAUAGUGGCCCUGGCCUCCUAUCUAUGGCAAAUAGUGGUCGGAACACAAAUGGGUCCCAGUUCUUUAUAACUUUCAAGCGCCAACCUCAUCUCGACGGCAAGCAUGUUGUUUUUGGAAAGGUUGUCAAGGGAAUGGAUGUGGUUAAGAAAAUUGAACUGUUGGGAACGACUGAUGGGAAACCUUCUGGACUAGUAAAAAUUGUAGAUUGUGGUGAGACAUCUGAACAAAAAAUUCAAGAUGCAGAUGGAGCAGAGAAAGGGCAAAAGAAAAAAUCUGCUAAAGCCAUCUCCUCUGGAGAUAGUUCUGAUAGGCAACGGAAGGGAAGACGCAAACCAUUGCUCAAAGACAAUAGGAAGAAGAGAAGGAGAGAUUCUUCAUCGGACUCAUACAGCUCCGAUUCGGAUUCCUAUUCUUCAGGGACGGAUUCCGAUUCAGGUUCAGAUUCUGAUUCUGAAUCGGAUUCUUAUUCAUCAAGCUCUUCUGCUGACGAAAGGCGUAGGAAAAGGAGGUCAACAAAGAGGCCCAGAACCCAAAAUCGGAAGAAACAGAAGGGUAGACGACAGGAGAGGACAAGAGGUCAGCGUGGUAAAAGAUCAAAGGGAAAAUCCAAACGGAGUUCAGAGAGUUCAACUGAUACUGAAAGUUCAAGUUCAAGUAGCAGUGCCCGCAGCUCUGAUGAUGAAAAUGUAGCAAAUGCACGGAAGCGUGGAAAAGAAACUCUCAUGGUGCAGCAGAAGGAGCGCAAGCAGAAGAUGAUGGACAAAUCUUCUCAUGAAGAGGGAGAAUUUCAGCAGAAGGAUAAACGAUUGAACAAUGGUCACGCUACAGAGAAUAAAGCUGAUAAAUCUGCCAAUCAACAUGAUAAUACAGAUAUCCUUAAAAAAUCCAGGAGCCCGACUCCAAGCCCCAGAGGGAGGCCGAAGUCUAGGCGUAGCAGCAGCCGGAGUAUUAGUCCCAGAAGAGCCACAAGUAGUCCAAGAUUCCAGAAUGAUAGUGGAAACCCUGACAGGAAGUCUGGUCACGAAAACAGCGGUAGGUCUUUGAGGAGUCCAAAUGGCAGUCCUUCGCAAAAAGUUCCGGACCCGUCUGCUUCUAAUCAUGGUCGGGCCGCAUCGGGAAGUCGAUCUCCUAAUGGCACUCCUAAACGUGUCAGAAAAGGACGUGGUUUUACGGAAAAGUUUUCAUUUGCACGGCGAUACCGGACCCCAUCUCCAGAGCGCUCACAACGUAGGUCUUACAACUUUGGUGGAAGGAAUUUUCAUGAGAGGAAUCGUGAUAGAUACUCGAGCUAUAGAAGUUACGCUGAUCGCUUGCCGCAAAGACAUUAUAGAAGCCAAAGAGGAAGGAGCCCUGCCAGGUAUCGAAACAGGAGAAGUCAAAGUAGAAGCAACUCUCGAAGCCCAGAUUUCAAGCGUAAUCGUGACAGGAAUCGCAGCCGGAGCCCUAUACGAAGCCCUAGCCCUGUAGAUAGGCGACCUGCAUUAAGUGACCAGUUGAGAUCUCGUCUUGGGCCUCCUCUGGAUGACAAGCAGCGUCGUUCAAGGCGAGGAAGAUCGAGUUCAAGCUCCAGGAGCCGCUCUAGAUCACCUAUUGCUGUACCGAAGGCAACUCCUAAAACCGUGAAAUCUACUUCCCCCAGCCGGUCUAGAUCAAGCUCCCCAGGUGGACAAAGGGGGUUGGUUUCCUAUGGUGAUAUCAGUCCUGAAAUCGGUGCAAACUAGCGUUGAGUAGAAUGAGGGAAGGAUAUCCGUUUUUGUUCCUUUUCUUUUACCACAAAAUUAUUAGGCAACUGGAAGCAAACUGUAACGUUUGUCUACUGAGGUUGAUAUUGCUUUGCCUUGAGUUGAGUAGUUUCAAUUACCAUGUUUAACCUUUGUGAUCUUUCUUUUGAGUUUGGUUAUAAUUGAACUGGGACGUGAUUUGGACGGUUGACUC